CUAUUGUUCAUCCAUUUAUUUUCAGCUCGAGUAACUUGCAAGAUGGUGCCAUCUGACUACGAAUUACUAGGGAAUGAUCUGCAAAUCUAAAUUAUUUCCUGCUUUUGUCCUCUUGUUUACUUACGGUGGUAGGGAAGCAUAGAUGUUGAACAGGAUGCUAGACUAGUCACCUCCGCCUUAUUGAAUCUAUAGAGUCUUGACUUUCCUCCGUCCCACUUGAGACUUCACUCUUCAACAACAUCGCACAUAGAACAAAACCAGAACAGCUUUCUAACCACUAAAUUUUCACAGUAUUUACAAACUUCAUAACCUUACACCCAAGCUUAACCUCAGAAUACGUAACUGUACGUAUCAUCUAACCCUUUCACGUCUCCCUUGUAUUACACAGAAGUAAUCUAACAACAGCCUUAUAAUUCUAGUGCACGCUUGUUCUCGUAUCAACAACAUUUAAACAAACAGCAUUAGGUCUUCUCAACUUCUCGGAUUCGAAACUAAGUAUCAGCUUUGAUCAAAAGGAUUACCCAUGAUUCUAAGACCUGCGUCUAUAUGGGCGUUGGGCGCCUGCAUUUCUAGCGCUCUGACGGCCGAGAUUAAGCAUGACCCUCCGCCACUGCCUUUGAAAAGCGUACCUCCAAAUGACCCUCUGGUAUUCCAAUCCGGAACCCCAGCAGCGGGUCAUGUUUGGGUAGACCUCGUCCCCGCAGCAGUCAAAGAUAUCCUUACUUCCUCGUCCACUUCCCCAUCCACUUUCAAAAAUUUGAGCUCGCCUGAUGACCUCAAAAUUGCAAAGAGACAAGAGACUUGGUCACGCCCAGAGCUUGUGGGCAUCUCUAAUAGCGGUAUAUUCAAGAUGGACACACCCAACAUGGAAAAGUUCGAUUGGGCCCCGAGAUACAAAGAUUGGGAGACUCUGGCUUUGCACGAUUCUGGCAGCGGAAAGAGUCUGUCGGCCCGUUACGGUGAAGAAAAGCUUGGGAAGCCUCAUUGGUUCUGCGAUCCUGACAAUGGUUGUACUGCAAUGCCAACUCCGCUUGAAGUUUUGGAAUUCGUGGAUGUAUCCCAACCUGGCAUGACACGGGAUGAGAAAAUCGAAGAAGCUCAGGCCAGGUAUUGGGCCGGUAUGAGCUACUAUCUGGUCUUCCGCACCGGAACUCACACUAUCGUAGGUAGUUUUACGUACUGAUUUACUCUUAGAAUCCCCUCAUGCUAAAAACCAGUAGAACGCACUUGCUCGGGCCCAGGACUUUGUACUGGCAAGAAUAGACAGCAUCAUCUACGACUUCACGAAACAAGACAACGAGGACACGAUUCUCAAAUGCGAGAUUAAAAAAUGGUUCAUUAAUAUGAUAUAUCAAUACACUGGCAAGGCGUUGAGAUUUGGCAUGUCAAGGUUUGUUCAGGCUGAGGAAGGUAAAGAGAUAAAAGACGCCGGACUCAAUCCGCCCUCUUGGAAAAAGCUUAGUAAGGCAGACCCAUUUAUGUUUACUGAAUUUUUGAAACAACUGUUGGAUUUCACAUUGCCAAUGGAGCAUACUGUGGGGAAGGCUAUAAAGCACCCACAAGGUAACGAAGGAGAAUCUUCUAUUGAUUUCUUGCGCCUAACCAGUGAAAGAUACACAAGCGAUCUUUACUGCGGCCACAUGGAUGGGAUUGCUGGCACUGGAAGUGACAACAUGGUCCGUAUUGCCGACGCCAGCUUUCACAUAAGCGAAAUUAUGAAGCAGUACAUACAAAACCUCAGUGAUGUAUUCAGGGCCCUCAACGGAUUUACAGAUGUUCAAGGAACAGGUAAGACAAUGAGUGAUUGGAUGUUUAAUGCCGACUACGAGGCUAUCAUUAGCCGGCUCGACAGCAUUGACAUUGCCAAAGAAGCUCAGAGUUUCAGUCAGAAGCUCUCAGGUUACUUUAUUUCUGCUGCUUGGGCCAGUAACAAAUGUUACAUGAAAUGUCAAACCGAACUCAAUCGCGGAACCGUUAAGAAAAGAUGCCACGCCAAAAAGUUUGCCAGUGAAAGAUUCUGUCCUGAGGAUUAUCCUGAUACAUUGUGCCAAGUCAAUUGCUACACAAUGAUGGACUCCGGAAAUCAUGAGAAGCAACUCAUCGGCUUGGAUAAACUUUCCAAACAUGGUUUUGAUAUUGAGGAUAUCAAGAAAACUUCUUGGGAAUACUCCCGGGAACUCAAAAAGCUCCACAAACCUCAAUUGGACUAUGUAAAUGGCAAGGAAUUCACAUUCAAUGGGGACAGGUCGGCUAUUACUCUUUCUGUGUCAACCAGCAAGUCCAACAGAAUCGCCGAUAAACCCAGAAGAUCUAGGAAUUUCCCAUGCUUCAGCGGACAGGAUUAUAGAGGCAUGGAUACUGAAUCUCAUCUGACAAACUUGGGUAUGGGAUUUGGUUCCACUGAUUGGGGAGAAGAAACAAAAGCAAACCCCCGUGCCUGGGAGAUGUUUCAGCAUCACUGCCCUGAAGUAAGUCCUAUACAUUCAUUCCCGUGCAUGAACGGUCAACUAACUUUAUCCCUAGCAAACACGUAAAAUGGCCCCCUUAACUCGUUACUUGAACAUCAUUUGUGGACAACGUCUCCUCUUCCCGGAAAAAACAUGGCAAGACGGACUCGUACAUCGUCGUGUUAUGAAACCGGACAUUGAAGGAAAAAAUCGUGAAGUCUGCCAAACACUCCGCGAAAAGACCGAGAACAUGGAUGAGAACACAGCAAACUAUCUCUUCUGCUCAGGCAGAUGGCCGGAAUCGUCAAAGAUUUUCUCCAACGAGAAAGGUUGGGUUUACACUGACUGGAAUUCUCGCUGGCAUCGUGGUUCCGGAUUGAAGUUCAUGUUGAGCCACAAGUAUAGGUGUAUGAUCUAUAUGAUGCAAAACAGGAAUUUCAAUGUCGGUGAGCAAUGGGCUAACAUGGAUUGGCAUGCGGAUCCUACAAAGGUGGUUGAUGAUGGGGCUCAUGUUAAUGGCACAGUAUUGGCGCUGGAUGAUGAUGACGUCAAAGAUCUGGAGACUAUGCCCGAGGACAGCCUCAGUAUGGAUCCAGCGGCGACGAAGGAGUUGAAACGCAAGCUUGCUGAGUUUGAGAAAAGUAAUAGGGGUUGAGAGGGGAGAGAUUUUGUAUGAUGAAAAGUGGGAGGAAGAGGGGCUAAGAGGAAGAAAGAAAAGAACAGAAAAGAAAUGAAAAAAAAAAGAUGAAAAAAAAAGAGGGUAAACAAAAAAAAACAUGAAAAAAAAGAGGGUAGAAAAACAGGGGAAAAAAAUCGAAAAAAUGAGGUAAAAAGAUCGGAGGGAGCCAGAUUUCUUCACAAUUAAUAUUGUGUUACCUUGAUCCUGGCGGUGGGGUUGAAAGAAAGAAGCUAUCAUGGUUAAAUUAAUGUUUAAUGGAGUUAGAU